CCUAACCUCACCCUCACAUAUUUCUUAUCUUUUGCUCUCAAUAGAUUCCAUUAAUUCAAACAAAAAUUUCAUUAAGAUUUCACAACCUCCACACACAUCCAAACACAAUUAAAGAGAGAAAAAGAAUCAAUAACCCUAAAAUAAAAAUCAUAAAAACAAAAGUUUCCACUUUUUAUUCCUCUUCUUCUUCCUUAAGCUAGUACCUUUUGUUCUUGAAAUUAGGGUUAAUUUCCUUUUUCCAUUCCAUCAAUUCUCCAGACCCUAAAAACUCAAAAAGAUCAGAUCUUUCCUCUGAAAAAGAGAUACCCAACUUAUUGUUGUUGUGUGUCUGUAUAUAGAUAAACAUUACAUACCCAUAUUUGAGUGUAGAUAUAAAUAAAAGUGGAAAUAAUUAAGGUAACAAAAGAAAUGGGAAGAGGAAGAGUAGAGCUGAAGAGGAUAGAGAACAAAAUCAACAGACAAGUAACGUUUGCAAAGCGUAGGAACGGUUUGUUGAAGAAAGCUUAUGAAUUGUCUGUUCUUUGUGAUGCUGAGGUUGCUCUCAUCAUCUUCUCCAACCGUGGAAAGCUCUACGAGUUUUGCAGCUCCUCCAACAUGCUCAAGACACUGGAUCGGUACCAGAAAUGCAGCUAUGGCUCCAUUGAAGUCAACAACAAACCUGCCAAAGAACUUGAGAACAGCUACAGAGAGUAUCUGAAGCUUAAGGGUAGAUAUGAGAACCUUCAGCGUCAACAGAGAAAUCUUCUUGGGGAGGAUCUAGGACCUCUGAAUUCAAAGGAGUUAGAACAGCUUGAGCGUCAACUGGACGGUUCUCUCAAGCAAGUUCGGUCCAUCAAGACACAGUACAUGCUUGACCAGCUCUCUGAUCUUCAAAAUAAAGAGCAAAUGUUGCUUGAAACCAAUAGAGCUUUGGCAAUGAAGCUGGAUGAUAUGAUUGGUGUGAGAAGUCAUCAUAUGGGAGGAGGAUGGGAAGGCGGUGAACAGAAUGUUACCUACGCGCAUCAUCAAGCUCAGUCUCAGGGACUAUACCAGCCUCUUGAAUGCAAUCCAACUCUGCAAAUGGGGUAUGAUAAUCCGGUAUGCUCGGAGCAAAUAACUGCGACAACACAAGCUCAGGCGCAGCAGGGAAACGGUUACAUCCCAGGGUGGAUGCUUUGAGAGUCAUGUGAUGUGAUAAAGCUCAACAACAAAAGACCUUAUAUAUAUAUAUAUAGACACAAGACUUGGAUCUGUAGACAUAAGUGGCUAUACAUAAUUAAGGGUCCCGAUCGAUGAUCUUCAGGAUAUAUGUGUCUUGGGAACCUUUGCUUAUAUUAAGAAUUUAAAUAUGUGGAACUUCUUUUAGCUUUGAACCCCGACACUGGUUUAUUGUCAAGUAAUGAGAUAAACAUUUUGGGUUACAAUGUGA